ACCAUGGCGUGGGUACCUGCAGAGUCUGCAGUGGAAGAGUUGAUGCCCCGGCUCUUGCCAGUGGAGCCCUGCGACUUGACAGAAAGUUUCGAUCCCAGCGUACCUCCGAGAACUCCCCAGGAAUACCUGAGGCGGGUCCAGAUCGAAGCAGCUCAAUGUCCAGAUGUUGUGGUAGCUCAAAUUGACCCAAAGAAGUUGAAAAGGAAGCAAAGUGUGAAUGUUUCUCUUUCAGGUUGCCAACCUGCCCCUGAGGGAUAUUCCCCCACUCUUCAGUGGCAGCAGCAACAAGUGGCACAUUUUUCAGCUAUCCGGCAGAGUGUGAACAGACAUAGAAGUCACUGGAAAUCACAACAAUUGGAUAGUAAUGUGACCAUGCCAAAAUCUGAAGAUGAAGAAGGCUGGAAAAAAUUUUGUCUUGGUGAAAGGUUAUAUGCUGAAGGGGCUGUUGGACCAGCUACAAGUGAAAGUCCUGGAAUCGAUUAUGUACAAAUUGGUUUUCCUCCCUUGCUUAGUAUUGUUAGCAGAAUGAAUCAGGCAACAGUAACUAGUGUCUUGGAAUAUCUGGGUAACUGGUUUGGAGAAAGAGACUUUACUCCAGAAUUGGUAGUACUGCAUCUUCUUUUUAUAAUGCAGACAAAAUUGUAUAUAGUUAUAUGUAAGGUACAGCUCUAACUUAUUUGUAUAUGUAUGUAUGUAUUAUAUGUUACAACUAUAUGUAUAAUGCAAACAGUGGCUGUUUACAGUAGAAAAGAAAUAACGCUAGAAUGUAAAUCAACAUACUACUUCCUUCAUUGAAAUAGUCUUGCUUUGGGAAAAAAAGUCAAUUAAAUAGUUGAUUUAUAUCCUGGGAGAAGCUGCUUAUCUUGUCACAAAUCAGUAACAAACAGAAUGGCUACCAGUCUGCAGACCCCAUUUCAAAUAGCAUUGGCCUAAAGAACUUUGAAAUGCAUUUUCUAAAAUGGCUUUGAAAUCCAGUUUA